UUGGGACGAAGAAAUUUGCGCUAUUGUGGCAAUUCUCACAUUUUUGUCGAUUUUUUUGACAGUCAAUUUGACAUUAAAAUGACAGUAAUAACAAUUGUGUGCUGGCACGAAAUUAUUUUAUUUGUUAGAAAAUUUUAUUAACAAUGUCGUGGCUCAAUUUAAAUGACAGUUUAAACAGUCUUAAAGGGCAGUUGUCCAAUUUUGCGAAUAAUGUUUUGGCUGAGGACGAUUUGAAAGAUGGGGACACUUCACAAGGUGAAUUAGAAAAAAUACAAGAAAUAUGUAGUCAGCAACAAGAAGAAAUUAAUUACCUCAAGAAAGUCAAUGCUGAACUUCGAUCAGGGAACAAUGCAAAUGUGUUUCCUCAAAAUGACGCUCAAACUAAUGAAAAUUGGUCUUGGGAAAUGCCCUCAAACUCGGGAAAAAUUAUUGCCGACCUGAAAAAAACCAUUAGCGAACUCGAAAACGAAAAUCAAGAACUAAUAUCUAGUUUAGACUUACUGGAUUCUGAGCAUCAAUUAAACACCGAAAAAUUAAUCAAUUUGAAAGAUAAAUUACAAGAGGAUUAUAACGAACUCGAAGAUAAAUACAACGAGUUGUUAAAAAAUCAAUUGAAAGAAACAAAGGCUUGCAAUAAAUGUGAAAAUUUACUAAAAGAAUUGGAAACACUGAAAAAUGAAAUUGCGGUUCUAAAAAGUAACAAUGUUACUUUACAAAAAGUUUUAGACGAUUGUAAAAAUACAAACGAUGAACAACUUGCACAAUUAAAAUUGUGUGAAUCGGAGAACAAAAUUUUGGUAAUGGAAUUGAAAAAAGUAACACAAUCGAUCACCGAAUUCGAAAAAAAGAGCGAAAUUGAUAAAGAAAAUUUCCAAAAAUUGUCGAGCAUUCUUGAAGGUUAUGAACAACAAGUAAGUUCUUUGAAAGAGCAAAAAAGUGAGUUAAAACGUGUAAAAGAACAAACACACACAAAAUAUGUCACAAUUUUAACCGAAAACAUGAAAAAAUACGUCGAUUGUGACUUGAACGAAACAUCGAAUUCUGAUAACAAUAAUGAGGAUCCUCAAAUUGUGGAGUUUAGUCAUCAAGUUGAGAGUAUUUUGAAUAUUUUAUUAGACUUGAAAUCCAAAUGUGAUAAUUUAGAAAAAGAAUUAUUUAAUGUCACACAAGAAAAGACAAAUAUGUUAACUGAGAAAAAUCACGAAAUUGAAAAAUUGAUGCAAAACUCUGAAAUUUUGAGUCAGGAAGUAAUCAGAAAAUCGCAGACUAUUAAAGAUUACGAGAGCGAGUGUAGCGAGUUGCUUAAAAACAACGACAUGUUAAUAAACGAAUUGGAAAUGUAUAAAAACAGUUCGGGUCUUCAAACAAUUUCCGAAUCAAAUGAAGAUAAUAUAUUAUUAUUGGAAUCACAACUUGAAAAUGCCAAUAGGAAAAUUGACGAAUUAGAGAAGAUUAUCUCCGAUAUGGAGAAGAAAGAAGAACCAUCAGAAGAAAAACUUAGUUUUAUGUUUGAAAAAGUCAAAACCGACUUGGAAAACACCGAAUACCAAUAUAACGAAAUGAAGGUAAAUAUGGAAACGUUACGGGAAGAAAUCGACAAUUACAAGAAGAAAAAUGAAGAAUUGAUUGAGCGAAAAUUGUCUUUGGAAAAAAUUAAUAUGGAAUAUGAAGAUAUGAGAAGCGAAUUUAAUGUAAUCAAAGAGAAAUUGUUACUUGAAGAGGACACAAGAAAACAACUCGAAAGUCAAGUCAGAAAUUUAACCGAAAAACUUCAAAACGCAAAAAUGAGUGAAACAAGUCUAAAAUUACAGUACGACACUGUCAAUAAAGAAUUGAUCAGUUUGAGAGAGAAUUAUAAACAUCAAGAAGAAAAUGAGAAGUUAAAGAAACUUGAAGAGUUGGAGCAAAAAAUCGAAGAAUUGAAUGCUACAAAAAACGAACUCACAGAUGUUAUUUUGACCAAACACCAGGAAAACAUCACCUACCACAAUGAAAUUCAACGUCUUACCCAAAUAUUGACCACUACGAAACUCCAAACUGACGAAAUUGAGAAAUUAACCGAUCAGAAUAAUUUUUUGAGGCAAAAAUGUGAAGUCCUUGCUGAAAAUUUACUACAAGAACAAAGCAAAGUCCAGAAGAUUUUAGCAGAACCUUCAGAGAGGGAACAAAACUUGUCCAAGAAACUGGAACGUCUCCAGAGUCAUUUGAUCGAAGUUGAGGAACACUAUACUCAGGAGUUGCUCAGAGCUGAAGAGAGAAAUACUGAGUUGCAAGGAAAAGUUAAUGAAAUUGAACAGAGAGAGAAAAAAUCGAGUACGAUGUAUACUUCGGUUAGUAUUAGAGCCAAUCAGCAUGUCGAGACGUUACAACACCAAUUACAAUUAAUCACCAAUCAAAGAGAUGAAUUAAGAAGGAAGAUCUCUGAUGCUGAGGAUCAUGCAAGCAAACAAGAGGCGGCGUUGGCUAACUUGCAGUUUGUUUUAGAACAAUUCCAGAAAGAGAAGGAAAAUGAUAUUGGGAAAGAAACUGAGCGAAUAAGACGCCAAAUAAUGUCCGAAAAACGUGUCCAAGACGAGUUGAGGAGUGAAAUAGUGAGUCUUCAAGCCCAAUUAGAGGAGAGUAAACAAGGGCUUUUGGCUGCGUCACGAAUCAGCGACCAAUUAGAGCAGUCAAAACAUUUGAUUGCGAAUUUAAAAUCACAAGUUUCGCAGCUAAAGGAGAGACUUGAGAAAAGCGAGGACGAGAUUAAAGCCCUUUCGAGUCAAACCGAUGGUAAAGUCGACAAAUCCCUAAUCAAAAACCUCGUCAUUGGGUUUGUUACCACUAAUAAUAACCUAACGAAGGACCAAACUCAAAUUCUCAAGAUUAUUGCAACAGUUCUGGAUUUUAGUCAACAGGAUCAUGAUAAAUUGAAUUUGAAUAAGCCACAACAAGGGUGGUUGAGUUCACUUUUGACCCCACAAACGUCGGGGAUGACCCAGGAAUCGCUAUCUCAAGCCUUUGUUAAGUUUUUAGAAAAUGAAUCAAAACCAAGACUGGUACCAAGCUUGUUGAGUAAUACCGGGGAAACACCAGUACGAAAAAACAGUGUUCCGAGGCAAUCGCCGAGUGUUUUGUCUGAGGUGGUGUUGCCCACCUUCGCGGAUUUCGCCCAGAACAGGAAUUCCAGUUCUAUUUUAAAAGAUGUGUUGAAGGAUAAUAGUUAAUUGUUUUGUUAUUUAUAUUUGUAAAAUAAAGCUUGUAUAAAAUGUG